AUGAAUGAGUUUUAUUCAAAAAAAAGAAAGAAAGAAAAAAGUUAUGAAUUACUAUCAACAAUCCUUGUUGAAAAGAGUUUGGUUUUGGUCUCUAUUAUCGUUGCUCUUGUUAAUGAUCAGUGGUUUUCAGGUGGAGAAUUAAAGGUGGAAUCUAGAAAUGCAAUAAAAUUUGUAAUCGUCAUUUCCAAUGGAGACAAGAUCAACUUCCAAACUGAUUUAGAUUGGGGCAUAGUCUUUGGUAGUCAAUUUCAACAAACUGGCAAGAUGCUGGAUAGAUCCCAUUUUACUUAUACGAGUCAAGAAAUAUAUUUCAACUUUAAGGUCAACUCAAAUUUAGUGGACCAGUCACCAAAUGAACUAGACUCUAUCUUCUUUUAUCCAAAGGCAACAGAUACCACCAACUAUUACAACGGACAAUUAACAGUGCCAUCUUUUAUUUAUGAAGCCAAAAAUGCAGAUAUUGGCGCCACCUCUAUAACAUUUAUUGGCUAUGGAAUUGGGAAACCAAUCUCUGGUCUACCUACUCAAGUCGUUUUAUCACUACUUCCCGUUGGCACUGGUACAGAAAAUGCAACAGCACAAUUCAAAUCACUCAUCAAUAGUACUGCUUUUACAACAAAUGUUCCUUCAACCAUUAAAUCUGGUAGAUUAUACAAUGUAUUAAGUGCAACCGUUCAAAGACCUGAUUUCAUCUAUCUAGGUGAAAAUAUUACCUUUUCUUUUAAUCCACCAACCAUUUCAACAAUAGUUUGGAAUACAAAUUCCAAUUUUUAUACAAUUACAGGUACCAAUUAUUACCCAGGGGUACAAGCAGCUACAGAUUUGAAACUCUUUGUAGAUGGUCAACUAGUCCCAACACCAUUCACCCAAAUCAAUGAUAAAAAUAUGAUUGUUUAUGCUCCACCAAUCCUAACAGUUGGAACUCAUCAACUUAAAUUAGAUUUAAAUGAUAAUCCUGGUCCUAUUUCUCAAUUAUCUGUUAAACCAAUUGUAACAUUUGUAUCAAGUGCACCAAAAGCAGGUGGAGAAGUAACAAUUAAAGGUUUAUUCUUUAAUAGAACUAGAAAUGAUGGAUCAAAUACCAAUAUUGUUGUAUUACUUGGUACUGAACCAUGCUCGAUGGUUAAAUCUCCAAUUGAUUCAAAUACAUUGAUUGUAUGCAUGUUACAAGGUGCAAAGGGGUUAGUUGAUCAACCUGUAAAAGUUACAAUAGAACAAUUAGACUCCAAUUUGGAUAUUAAAUUUACACAAGGAAUUCCAAUGAUUGCAAGUUGUUCACAAACACCUGGUCUAGUUACAUGUCAAGGUUAUAAUUUCAACAAUCCAUCUACCAACCUUAAACUUCCUAAUGGAACAGUUAUCACUGUAACAUCUAGUGAUAAUCAAUUGUCAUUUGAUUUUACUAAUUUAGUUGGACUAAAGAAUGGACCAAUUCAAGUAUUAUCAGAGUUUAGAAACUCUACACCAUACCCAAUUUCAUUUAUCCCACUUAUCAAAUCAGUGUCACUGUGUCCAACUGCUGGAGGAGUCAUUCAACUCGUUGGAAGUGCAUUAUCACUAAAGGCAGCUGACAAUUCAGAUGUCGCAGGUUUCUCAAUCUUCUACAAAUACCAUGGUCAAGAAGUUGUUUGUGAUGGUGCCAUCCAAGUUAGUGUCGAUCAUCUAUCUUGUAAUGCUCAACCUGGUGGAGGUAUAAAUCUAGACAUGUACAUUAAAACUGCCGGUGGACAAUCUAAAACCAUUCCAUUUGGAUAUAUUGCCCCCAAGAUGAUAGACUAUUAUCAAAGAAUCAAUGGGUUCUAUAUUAAUGGAACCAAUUUAGGAUCGGUUGAGGCAGCUGUAAAUGUUACAGCCAAUUAUGGUGGAACUGAAUUGACUACAGUAUCCUAUAGUGAUACUGCUGCUGGUUCAGGACUUGAACCACCACCAAUUGUCUAUAUAUCGACGGAAUCACAAAACGCACAAAUGUAUUUAACUGUAGAAGGUCAAAAAUCAAAUGAUAUCUUGAUUGAUAUUAAACCAACUAUAGAUAAUAUCACUCUUGUCCCAACUAGAGGUGGUAUUGUUACAGUGAAUGGUUACUUUUUCAAUACCAUCGAUCCAAAGAAUAUAACAUUUCUAUCGGGUGAUGUACAAUGUACCAAUCUAACGAUUGUAUCAACCAAACAAUUUUAUUGUAAUGCACCAGAUGGAUUUGGUAAAAAUAGACCUGUUACACUACGAGUCAACAACAAGAAUACUUCAACAUUUGAUCCAAUAGUAGAUCUUUCCUAUCAACCUCCAUCUAUUGAUUCUACAACCUCUGCCAACUACACUGGUGGUCUAAUUACCAUCGUCGGUUCAAAUUUCCAUAUUGGAUCAACCAAUGUAACCAUUGGUGAAGAAGUACCUGUCAAUUGUGAAAUUAGAAAUAUUAUAGAUUACAAUAGAAUCGUUUGUUAUCUAAAGAAAUGGAAUAAUGAUGAUGGUAUACUUAAAAAUGAAACUUAUCUUGUUACUAUUACUGUUGGUGAUCAAUCAAUUAGUAAAUUAGAUUAUAAAUGGGGUCUUGAAGGAUAUAAUUAUGGAAUUUCAAAAGAACAACCAAAGAAAUGGUUGAUAGCAGCUAUUGUUAUACCUGUAGCUGCUGGUGUAUUGGCAGUUGGUGCAAUUGGUUUUAUCUUGUACAAGAAACAUCUAAAGUUUAAGAAACUUCAAUCAAUGUAUAAAAAAUAA